CUCCGUCAGGUGAAGGUGAAAACCCAUCUGGCACGUGACACCUAUCAUACGCUGGGACAAAAUGGCAGACGACAGGAUUUACUUGUGAUGUCAUCAAUAAAAUGAAGCAAUGGACUUUGAAACAUUCUUGAAGGACUAUAUAUGGGUUCCCAUAAUACUUGGGGCUUUAUUGUUGCUACUGCUUAUCAUAUUGAUAUGUUACUGCUGCAAAAGACAAAGAAGAUCCUUGGAGUACAUUCCUCUAAUAUCAAACGAGGCCAGCAAGGAACAGACAAGAAUGAAGCAGCCUGACAUGAACUUGCGACAGCGCAUUGAGUUUGAGAAGAGUCAGAAACAAAAAGCCUUACAUACCAAUGCCUGGCUGAAUGCCCAGUACCAUCUUCGUAUGCACCCGCAGUUCUCUGAUCUCAGGCAGCUGUCACCUUUAGGUGGUCGACUUAACAAGAACUGGUUCCAGAUUACACAGACCCGCUAUGGCAACCAGUUACUCAUGACGAUGGUGGCAAAGCCGAGUGGUAUGGUGGCCCCAUUUACUGUGAAGUGGGGCAACACUAUACGGGACAUGCUAGAACUUCUUCAGCACCCAUACAUCUACCCACUGUUUGACAUCGAGUUCAUGGUUGAUCAGGACCUGGUGGUAGUGAAGCAUCUUCAAUGUAGUCGUGGUAGUCUGAAAGACUUGAUAUACCAGUGCAAUUAUUUAGAUCCAUGGAGGACCAAGUAUAAGGUGAAGAAAAAGGGAUUGAGCUUUUCAAAAAUCAGGACCUAUGGAAAGCAGAUUCUUGCGGCCCUGAUUUUCAUGGAAGAGAAAGGAUUUCCCCCACAUGGUCAUGUUCAUGCAGGCAAUGUAGCUGUGGAUUCCAACUGUUGUAGGCUCAUGGGCUGUGAAAGCUCCUUGAUUGGGGAGGGGCCCAGGAUAUAUCCAUUGGUGCAAAAGAAAAUUAGACGCAGUCCAAAAGCUAUUGACAUUGUGUGCUUUGGACACUUGCUGUAUGAAAUGAGUGUAGGGGUAGAGCUGGAUACGGCCCAUCCAGAGCCUAGGCACCUUUCUCAAUGCAGAAACCCAGACAUUGUAGCGAUAUUAAACUUUAUCUUCCCAGAGGACAAGAAAUAUCCCACAUUGAAAGAGGUGGAUGAACACAGUUUUUUCUCAGGAGUGCGCCUGUCAGCUUUGGAAGCGUUCCCAUUUGCUAGAAUUAAUCUGAGCAAGGACAUGAGGAACCUUGUGAAGGCCAUCAACAGGCGGGAACCCAUCCAAACCAGGAAGAAAGAGAAAAUGAGCCGAUCUUCCUCAGUUGUCACCGGCCUUAACCCUGACAUUGAAGAGGUCAACAUGACAGCUGUCAAUCAUGUGCAGGGAUCAGUGUCCAUGUCCUCGGAGGCGUUUCCUAGCAACCAAGCUCCUCCUCGUCCAGCCUCUCCCCCAUCAGGCUUGGCUCCUCCCCUACCCCCAGGAUUUGCUCCACCCCCACCACCACCCCCAGGGUUUGGGUUUCCCCCACCCCCUCCUCCUGCUAGUUCUGCGCCUACAGGGUCGACCAAGAGCAGAUCUGCAUUGCUGGGAGAUAUACAAAAAGGCAUGCGGCUCAAAAGGACAGAAACAAAUGACAGAAGUGCCCCAAAUGUUUGAUAUUAAACUGAAUGUUUGUUAUUUUAUUUUUGGGUGUUAUAUAACUGAUUAUUGUUAUAUUUUAUAUGUAUGCAUAUAUAUAAUAAUUUUUAUACAUUUUCUAACUGUUAAGGAGUUGUUUUUUUAACAAAAAAUGCACUAAUCUGUGGCAAAUUUGAUAAACAUAAAAUUAUAAAACAACUAGGGAAUACACACCAUAUAUAUAGAGCUUUUAUGAGAUUUUUGUAAUUUCAAGUGGCAUAUUAUAUACAUUUUAGUACUAUUUGUGUUAAUGAUAGUAUAAUUAUAUACAAAGCAUGGCGAGACUGAUCUGUCAACGCAAUAUGCUUUUCCUCCACAAGGAGUAUUCAACAUCAUCGGAACCUGCAUGAAAUAUUUUGUUGUCACUACAGUAUAUACCAUGGGCGGGAGGAAGGGCGGACUAGGUAGCAUUUUGUUUUCAUAAAUAUUGAUCACAAUGUGCUCAUGGUGUGCUUUUGUGAUCACAUUUUGUUUAUUGUUUGUCAUUAUUAACCUUGUUUGCACUCUAGUUGUCACAUUUAUUGUCCACUUUUUGAGAAACUUGGUCACAACAUGUGUCCCAAUAAUAUCUUUUCAGUUUUAACCGAGUCAAAUGAGGUCAAAAACUAGGUCUCUUUGUCAAAUUAAAGAAAAUCUUAUUAAUGCUAUUAAAGUCACAUUUAUAGUCUGGUUCACUAAAAAUUGAAAAAUAUUUCCGUCGUGGGCGAUGCAGAUAAACCAUGUUAUCACUAGAGGUCACAUUUUCAGUUACAUCAUAAAACUUGGUCAGAACAUUUGUAUCAAAAGUAUCUUGGCAGAGUCUGAAAAUGGUUCUGGCUGCCAGAGGACCAGACAGUUGUCCUAAUAUGGCUGCAGUGAAUCCUUGUUAACACUCAUAUAUCCACAUUUAUUGUCCAAUCUUCAUGAAACUUGGUCAGAAAAUUUGCCCAGAUCAAAUCUUGCCCAAGUUUAAAUUGAAACAUAUGACUUAAAAAAAACUAGGUUAACUAGAUCAAAUAAUAAAAGUUUAUGAACACUUGUAGGAUCAUAUAUUUUGUCCAAUCUAUCUAAAGAUUUGUCAAAACAUUUGUUCUAAUGAUAUCCCAGCAAAGUUCGGAAAUUGUUUCAGUUUGUUAUGGCUGCUUGGGGCGGGUUUUCAUUGUUUGGCUAAAGUGAAACCUUUUUAAGUCACAUUUUAAAUCCUAUCUUCAUGAAAUUUUAUCGUAAUACUUCGUCAUUUCAUAUCUGGGCAGUUUUCCUUAUAAACCUACAGUAAAAUCUCGUUAACACACUAGAUGUCACAUUUUUUGUCCAAUCUUCCUGCAGCUUGGUCAGAACAUUUGCCAUAAUGAUAGCUUGGCUGAGUUUGAAAUUAGGUGAUAGGAGAUAAAAAAAAGUAAAAAACAAAACUUUGGUAACACUUUAAGUCAUAUUUCAAAUCAAAUCUUUAUGAAACUUGGUCACAAUAUUUGUUAAAUAAAUGUCUGAGUCAUUUUUGAAAAUUAUAAAGUGCCUACAAAGUAAAAAUGUUUUAUAAAGUACUAAUAUUAUUCUAAACUCCACCUUCUGACAAUAAUUUACUUCUUUCUAGUCUCAGCUGAGUGCUUAAGGGCCAUACCCUAAUAACAUACCAUGAAAUGAACGUUAUUGUCCCCUACCGGUUUCACCGGAUGGGACUUAUGGUUUGCGCUCUGUGUGUCCAUCAGUCCGUAAGUCUGUGUCUGUCACACUUUUCUGGAUCCUGCGAUAACUUUAAAAGUUCUUAAUAUUUUUUCAUGAAACUUGAAACAUGGAUAGAUGGCAAUAUGGACAUUAUGCACGUCAUUUCAUUUUGUUCCGUCAAAAAUUCUGGUUGCUAUGGCAACACAUAUAUAAAAAAAAAUAAAUCUGACAAUGGUGCAGCCGGUAGGGGACUUGUAUUGCUUGGCAAUAGUCUUGUUGUUUAUGAUGUAAUGACUUGGAUUUAGAAGAUAAAUACCAAUAUAUAUAUAUAUAUAUACUGAUGUUACACUGAUUUAAGGAAAAAAGUUAUAAGCCCUAAAUAUUAUAUAAACCAAUAUGUAUAUAAAUUCCACAAGUUAUUAUUUUCAUGUGUCAAAUCAGUUAUUUAUAAUGUAUGUUAAUAUAUCAAAGAGGCUCUUGUUAUAAGAAAUGUGAUUCUAAAUAUUUCUGUUCAAUAAUUUAGUUACUGCUUUGAUAGUUUAUAAGUAUGUGUAUUCGUGUCUGUUUUAUGUUAUGUAAUGUUAUUUUGUUAUACCUAGUUACGUGACAGAAAAUAAUGUUUAUACUUUAGUAUGACGACGAUGUACUUGUGUAUAAGUCUGAAUAAACUAUCUGUCUGUCUGCCAUGGCCCUCAUGUUUUUUAACAUAUAUAAUUUGUAAUGUUCAAUAUUUUUCAAAACCAUGUCAUAUUGGUUGUGGUAAAUGAAAGGGUGCGGACUUUCUUGGUUGUUGAAAUAAAUGUGCCCAUAUGGACAACAACUGCAUUUUAUUUGAUCUUGUUGUGAUAUAAAGGCAUGUAAAAAAAUUAAUGUUCUCACCAAUUUGAUAAAGUCAUAAAUCAGUUUUGUGAAUUGUUAUUAUGAUCACAUGUUUGCGCUUUAACUCUUAUUUUCUGGUCAUGACAGUUAUUGAUUGUUUAUGAAAACAAUACAUUUAUUUAUGUUCUUGAUAUAUCUAACAUUUAGGUAAGUGAUGUGUUUUAAAUUUAAAUUUGUGGAAAUGUAGUAAACAUAGAUUAAGAAUACCAAAUGUUUGAUUGAAUGUUCAUUACUGUUUGAUGAAUGUUCAUCAUGUAAAGUUGUGAUUGUCAAAAUUUAAACGCUCUUGAUAAAUUUUGAAUUUUUUCAAUAUCAACAUUUUGAACAAUAAUUUUGUCCCUCAUAUUUUGCUGUGCCAACUAUGUGCUAAAAGUCCAGAACAUGUGCAAUAUGUUAUUGUGAUGAAAGGCUGUGAACUUUGUAAAUAAAACAUGAAAAACAA